AUGGACGCUCGACAACAAGAACGCAUAUUGCACUGGUUGGAGGAGGAGGAAGAGGAGAUUCUUGGUGGAGAGGAUGAUGAAGAUGGAAAUCAUAUAUACUCGGACGAAACAAGCAAACACAACACGGAUUCAGAGCAAGAAUGUGAUGAUGGUGAUCCAGAAACCCAGGAUCAUGUGUCAGAAUCGUCUGAAGACCAAUAA